CACAUUACUGCAAUAUCUUUCUAUCGCUCGCUUUUUUCCUUUCUCUGGUCUGCCAGAGUAAAGAAAUGGUGGAGGAAAAGGCGAAGGAAGCCCCCCGAGAAAGAGCCGAUGUGAAGAAAAAGGUCUGUACAAAUAGGGGCCGGGCCACAUCCUCCACGACAGCAGAAUCAGGAAUCACUAUCCCUUCGGAUGGAACUCGGAGAGAUCGUCGUCGUCGAGCCAGUGGUCGACCAAGGACGGCCGGAGUGCUCUUCCCCUUCUGCUGCCCCUGCGCGGCGUAUAUCAAGGACCAGAACGGCGAAUUAUGUGCCUAAUUACUUCGACAGCGAGACGCUGCCACUGGGCAUCAGCGACAAGAUUCAGCGAUUUCUCCGUGUAGCUAACGAGAUCAGGGAUGAGUCGCCUCGCGCCUCCUAUAUGUGCCGCUUCCAUGCAUUUGCGAAGGCUCACGAGAUUGAUCCUAGUUCUUCUAUAAGAGGCGUCAGACAACUUAAAACUGCUCUUAUAGGCCAGCUUGAACGGGAUGAGGCAAUCAUUUUAUCUCAGCAAAAGCAAGAGAAUAGUGUACGAGAACUAUACCGGAUGUACAUGAAAUAUCAAAAUGUUAUCAGAUCUUGUGAAGUUCAUGAUACAACUGAUAGGGAUGUCCGAACAAGAGCACAUGCAAUUGCCUCUGUUUUAUAUGAAGUACUGGGAGAUGUUUCACCUGGAGUUACUUUACCUGUUCCAGAGACCCCCGUUUAUAAUAUUAUCCCACUUGGUUCUGGAGGUGCCCAACACGCCAUCAUGCAAUUUCCUGAGAUUAAAGCUACGAUUGCAGCCCUCCGCAAAAUUCGUGGCUUACCAUGGCCUACCAACCACUUCAGUUCUGGUGAUGAUGAUAUGGAUUUACUAGAUUGGCUUCAAUGUUGGUUCAGGUUUCAGGAAGGGAAUGUCAAGAAUCAGAGAGAACAUCUGAUUUUGCUGCUUGCUAACAUACAUAUCAGGCAGUUCCCCAGACCAGAGCCACUUUCAGAGCUGGAUGAUAGAGCGAUAAAUGAGCUUAUGAAAAGGUUAUUCAAAAAUUACAAGGCAUGGUGCAAAUUUUUAGGGCGGCCAAGUAAUCUUUGGUUGCCAGCUGUUCAUCAAGAAGUGCAGCAAUAUAAACUUUUAUACAUAGCACUUUAUCUUCUCAUAUGGGGUGAAGCUUCAAACUUGCGGUUUAUGCCAGAGUGCCUCUGUUACAUUUUUCAUCAUAUGGCAUAUGAACUAGUAAGUCACCUAUCUGGUGCUGUAAGCUUCAAAACAGGGGAAAGUUUUACACCCAUAUAUGGUCAAGGGAAAGGAGACUUUCUGACACAAGUCAUUACUCCAAUUUACAAUGUUGUAUACAAGGAAUCCCAGAGAAGCAACAAUGGAACUGCAGGACACUCUCAAUGGAGAAAUUAUGACGAUCUCAAUGAGUUCUUCUGGUCGCCUGAUUGUUUUCAACUGGGAUGGCCAAUGCGUUCAGGCAUGGCGGACUUGGCGGACUUUUUCUCCACACUUCCACCCGACAAGCAUCGGACAUGCCCGAUGGAUGAUGAGAAACCAAUAUGGCUGGGCAAAACAAAUUUUGUUGAGAUCCGUUCCUUUUGGCAUCUUUUUAGAAGCUUUGAUAGGAUGUGGGCUUUUUUACUGUUGGCUCUACAGGCGAUGAUAGUAAUGGCAUGGCAUGGAGUACAAUCUCCGUUUGAUGUGCUAGAUGCAUCCAUCUUGAAAGAUAUGAUGAGCAUUUUCAUAACUUCUUCUGUUAUCAACUUCCUGCGAGCAAUUCUUGACAUUGUCUUCACAUGGAAGGCAAGGAAAAGCAUGUGUUUCUCUCAAAAGUUGAGACUUGUGUUGAAAUUGGUUGCGGCCAUUAUAUGGGCCAUCCUCCUGUCAUUUUAUUAUGCAUUUCCAAGACACCGUUCCUUUUGCUUUUCAAGGAUGUUCAGCAAUAGAGCAAGCCAAUGGAGCUGUCUGUCACCAUACACAAUAACUAUCAUCGCAUACAUGACUCCCAAUGCCAUUGGGGUGCUUUUAUUUUUUCUUCCUGCUCUAGCUUCAUGUGUUGAAACUUCAACGUGGAAAAUCUUUGCCAUCUUGUCUUGGUGGGUUCAGCCUCGGCUUUAUGUUGGACGAGGGAUGCAAGAAAGUACAAUCUCACUGACGAAGUAUUCUGUCUUUUGGACGCUCUUAUUGACAAGCAAAUUGUUAUUCAGCUACUACUUUGAGGUUCUGCCAUUAGUUGGACCCACUAAGCAGAUUAUGGAGAUGAACAUAAAGAAGUAUGAAUGGCACGAAUUCUUCCCUGAAGUGAAGAACAAUGCUGGCGCAGUUGUUGCUGUUUGGGCACCUGUUAUCCUCGUAUAUUUCAUGGACACACAAAUUUGGUAUGCUGUUUUCUGUACUAUCUUCGGUGGACUUUCUGGUGUUUUUCAUCACCUUGGCGAGAUCCGCACAAUGGGAACACUUAGAACUAGAUUUCAUUCUUUGCCUUCUGCUUUUAAUGUUCACCUUAUGCCAAAGUCUACGAAACGCAAAACGGGUAGCUUCUUCAGCAGUAACUUCAGCAAGGCAUCAGAAAAAGCACAAAACCGGAGUGCUGAAUUUGCUCAAGUCUGGAACCAAAUUAUCACUAGUUUUCGCUCGGAGGAUCUCAUAAGUAACAGAGAAAUGGAUCUGAUGAUCGUACCGAUCUCUUCAGAGUUAGGUGAUUCCUCAGCCUGUUGUCCGCUCUUCCUGCUAGCUGCAAAGCUCUCAACAGCAGUAGACAUUGCAAAGAAUUUUAUCGGCACAGAUAGAGAUCUUUACAAAACAAUUAAGAAAGAUGUUUACAUGCUUAGCGCUGUAAAAGAAUGUUAUGAAUCACUGAAGCAUAUAUUCAAUCUGCUUGUUGUUGGGGACAGAGAAAAAAGGAUUAUGUCUGGCAUCAUUGAGCAAGUCGAAACAAGCGUUAAGGAAUCUACCUUUCUCAUGCACUUCAGGAUGAAGGAGCUGCCUAUUUUGCAUAAGAAGUUUGUUCAAAUGGUUGAUCUUUUGAUUGAAAAUAAGGUUGACUGCCAAGGGAAGCUGGUGAGAUUACUCCAAGAUAUAUUUGAAGUAGUAACAGAGGAUAUGAUUAUUCAUGGUUGCAGCUUUUGUGAUUCCGUUCGCUGCUCCCACUCAGCAGACGACAUGCUACUAUUUUUACCAUCUGACACAAAUGCCGUUCUUUCUUACCCUCUUCCUGAGUCAGCAGACGACAUGCUACUAUUUUUACCAUCAGACACAAAUGCCGUUCUUUCUUACCCUCUUCCUGAUGACAGUUCUCUACAGGAGAAGAUAAAAAGAUUAUAUCUGCUGUUAACGAUAAAUGAAUCUGCUAUGGAUAUCCCUGUGAACUUGGAAGCUAGACGCCGUAUUUCCUUCUUCAGUACUUCUCUCUUUAUGGAUAUGCCUCCGGCGCCUAAAGUUCGUAGCAUGAUACCAUUCAGUGUCAUAACUCCAUACUACAUGGAGGAAGUUACUUUUUCAGAGGAAGAACUUCACUCGGUGCAAGAUGCAGUUUCCAUCAUCUUUUAUAUGCAAACGAUAUAUCCAGGUUUCUAUCUUUUGAAUUCGUUAUUUAGAUUCUUUUACGUACAUUUGUUCUUGGUACUAAGUUGUUCAUCUAUAUCGCCAGAUGAAUGGAAAAACUUUUUGGAGCGCAUAGAAUGUGGGGACAGUGAUUUUACUGAUGCUGAAAAAAUGGAGGAGUUAAGGAAAUGGGCUUCAUACCGUGGACAGACAUUAAGUCGAACAGUGAGAGGGAUGAUGUACUACAAAGAGGCGCUGAAGCUUCAAGCUUUCUUAGAUAUGGCCAAUGAAGAAGAGAUUUGUAAGGGUUAUGAUGCUGUUAAGAGGAAUGGGAAUGCCCAUCACAGGUUAUUGGCACAACUGGAAGGAGUUGCUGAUAUGAAAUUUACAUAUGUCGUGUCCUGCCAAAAUUUUGGUGCUCAAAAAUCGUCCGGAGACCCUCGUGCCCAUGACAUUGUCGACUUAAUGAUCAAAUAUCCAUCACUACGGGUUGCUUAUAUUGAGGAGAGAGAAAUGGGAAACGGCCAUAAGGUUUAUUUCUCCGUCCUAGUCAAGGCAGCCAACAAUUUGGAUCAGGAAGUAUAUCGCAUACAGCUACCUGGUCCACCUAUUAUUGGAGAAGGGAAGCCUGAAAACCAAAAUCAUGCAAUUAUUUUCACACGUGGUGAGGGCCUUCAAACAAUUGACAUGAACCAAGACAACUACCUAGAGGAAGCAUUCAAAAUGAGAAAUCUAUUGCAGGAGUUCCUCCACCAUUCAAGAAAGCGUCCUCCAACUAUACUUGGGAUGCGCGAACACAUAUUCACUGGAAGUGUCUCGUCUCUAGCUGGAUUCAUGUCCUAUCAAGAGACUAGCUUUGUAACCAUUGGUCAACGGCUGUUAGCAAAUCCACUCAAGGUACGUUUCCAUUAUGGCCACCCAGAUGUGUUUGACAGGAUUUUUCACUUGACAAGAGGUGGAGUUAGCAAAGCAUCAAAAGUUAUCAACCUGAGUGAAGAUAUCUUUGCAGGAUACAAUUCCACUUUACGACAAGGAAAUGUAACUUAUCAUGAAUACAUGCAAGUUGGUAAAGGUCGAGAUCUAGGUCUUAAUCAAAUUUCACUUUUUGAAGCCAAAGUUGCCAAUGGAAAUGCUGAACAAUCUCUAAGCCGUGAUAUAUAUCGCCUUGGGCAUCGGUUUGAUUUCUUCCGGAUGUUAUCCUGCUACUAUACAACGGUCGGAUUUUACUUCAGUGCAUUGGUAACAGUUCUUGGAAUAUACGUCUUCCUAUAUGGGCAACUCUAUCUAGUUCUAAGUGGUUUGGAGAAAGCAAUCCUUUCUGCAGCUGGUGCAGAGCGUAAUAGAUCUUUGGAAACAGCUCUGGCUUCUCAGUCGUUCAUUCAACUUGGACUUCUGACGGGCUUACCAAUGUUGAUGGAGCUUGGACUCGAGAAAGGAUUUCGUACAGCUGUGUACAAUUUUUUCCUCAUGCAGUUCCAACUAGCCUCUGUCUUCUUUACGUUUAACCUUGGAACAAAAGCACAUUAUUACAGUUGUACUCUACUUCAUGGAGGUGCUAAAUAUAGGCCAACAGGUCGAAGAUUCGUGGUAUUUCAUGCAAGUUUCACCGAAAAUUACCGCCUGUAUUCACGCAGCCACUUUGUUAAAGGAUUUGAAUUGGUUUUCCUUUUGAUUGUUUACAUCUCAUUUUGCCAAUCUUACCAGAACAAUGUCACAUAUAUGAUAGUUACAUACUCCAUCUGGUUCAUGUCUCUUACCUGGCUGUUUGCACCUUUCCUGUUUAAUCCAUCUGGCCUUGAGUGGGAAAAAGUCGUACAGGAUUGGUUUGGUUGGAAUAAGUGGAUCCACAAUCAAGGUGGGAUUGGGAUUCAUCCUGUUAAGAGUUGGGAAUCAUGGUGGGAUGAAGAACAUGCACAUUUGAAAUAUUCAGGGAUAAAUGGAAGAAUAGCUGAAAUAGUUCUGUCAUUCCGAUUCUUCAUCUAUCAGUAUGGGCUAGUCUAUCACCUUGAUAUUGCACAAAGAAACCAAGAUAUCAUGGUCUACGGCAUUUCUUGGCUUGUGAUAAUAACUUUUUUUGUGCUAAUCAAGAUUUCUAUUGAAGGUCGGCGGAGGCUAAGUGCAAAUUCCCAUGCCUUGUACAGGCUACUCAAAGCCGUACUCUUCUUGUGCUUCUUGUCCAUAUUGAUUGUUCUUCUUUCCCUGUGUGGAUUGUCAGGGAAGGACCUGUUUAUAUGCGCUCUGGCAUUCUUGCCUACUGGAUGGGGUUUGCUAUUGGUUGCACAAGCUGUAAGGCCUUUGAUAGAGAAAGUUGGCAUAUGGGAUUCAGUUCAAGUUAUUGCUCGAUCUUAUGACUAUGGAAUGGGGUUCCUUCUUUUUGCACCUUUGGCAGUAUUAGCAUUCAUUCCAUCAGUAUCUGAAUUCCAAACAAGACUUCUUUUCAAUCAGGCCUUCAGUCGGCGACUUCAAAUACAACCGAUUCUUAAAGGAAAACGCAAGAAUAAGUCACCACCUUGAAGGUUCAAGCGUAAGAUGUGUGGAGAAACUGAUAAUUUUGGUGGAGGAUUUCCUUGGAAGAUCACGGGUUUGAUCCUUGUUAAAACAUCGUCAUGUAUAGGCUGAUUUCCUGUACAGUUUUAGAUACAUAUCACAAGUGUAAAUUAACGUUCGACGCAAUUCCCUUGCAUAUUCUUGAAAUCAAAAGGAUGUCAUCGUUUCAUCCUUUUCAUGACGUUGCACAAUAUAAACUUGCA